ACAUGAGCACAAACACACAGCUUUCACCAAACAAACAAUGAUGGAGUGCAGCGACACAGAGCUGACGGUGGAGGAGCAGAUGGAGAUCGAGCGGCUGAAGAUCCACAAGCAGAUCCUGCUGGAGGACAUCGAGAAACUGAAGAGUCAGAUUGAGAAUGUGAUGGCUGAUAUUCAGGACUUCAAGUCGGCAGAAGACAAUAAGACACUGGAGAGAGAAAAACGCUUCAGCAGUGGAAAGAAGAAAUUCAACAUGGACCCUAAAAAGGGCAUCAGGUUUCUGGUGGACAACGGUCUGCUGGACUGGAAAGCGGAGCGCGUGGCAGAGUUUCUGUAUAAAGAGGAAGGUCUGAACAAAACGGCCAUCGGAGACUUCCUGGGGGAAAGGGAGGAGAUGCACUUGCAGAUUCUCAAGGCGUUUGUGGAGCUGCACGAAUUCUCUGACCUGAACCUGGUGCAGGCCUUACGGCAGUUUUUAUGGAGUUUCCGUCUGCCGGGUGAAGCGCAGAAGAUCGACCGCAUGAUGGAGGCCUUCGCCACGCGCUACUGCAACUGCAACAUCAGCGUCUUCCAGUCCACAGACACGUGUUAUAUUCUGUCGUUCGCCAUCAUCAUGCUGAACACCAGUCUUCAUAACCCCAAUGUAAAGGACAAAACUACGCUAGAGCGCUUCAUUAGCAUGAACCGCGGCAUCAACAACGGAGAAGACCUUCCUGACGACCUACUGACGAAUCUGUACAACAGCAUUCGCAACGAACCGUUCAAGAUCCCAGAGGAUGAUGGGAAUGAUCUGACCCACACUUUCUUCAACCCAGAUCGGGAAGGAUGGCUGCUCAAAUUGGGCGGUCGUGUGAAGACGUGGAAGCGCCGCUGGUUCAUCCUGACUGAUAACUGCCUGUAUUAUUUUGAAUACACCACGGAUAAAGAGCCACGCGGGAUCAUUCCUCUGGAGAAUCUGUGUGUCAGAGAAGUCAUCUUUCAACGCAAACCGUACUGUCUGGAGCUCUACAACCCCAACAGUCGAGGGCAGAAGAUCAAAGCCUGUAAGACGGAGACAGACGGACGCGUGGUGGAGGGAAAACACCAGUCAUACACCAUCAGCGCAUCUACAGCGGAGGAGAGAGACCAGUGGAUAGAGUCCAUCAGGGCCAGCAUCACUAAAGAUCCCUUCUAUGAUCUGGUUUCCAUUCGCAAGAAGAAGGUCACCGGUAAAGCAGCUGACAAAUGAAGAAACUCUCUCACACACUCUGAGAUACGAGAGCGCGCGCUGGCUUCAUCAACAAACACUGAUGAUCAAUCAGCAAAGCAGCUGCGGAUCAAUAGUGACUGUAAAGUAAGACUGAUCAGCUGGGGUCAGUCACUCAGUGUUAAUACUGCGGUGUUCCAGCAGAGAUUUCCUCAUCUAUACUCACCCCAAUGCUGGAGAUUACACACACACACACACACACCUGUCAGCUCUGCAUGGAUAUCUUCACACUCGCUUUAUUCUCAGGGACUGACAGCAAAGAAAGCAGCAGCAGCGAGGAGAAGCACAACAUCACACACGCUGACUGAAGGUUUAUCAGCUGUAGUUCAGAAUGCUGUGGAGGAAAUGAGUGGAGAGAUUACUAUUGUAAAGUACAUGUGUGUGUGUGCGCGUGUGUGUGUAUGUACUGAUGUAAAAUAUAUAUGUAAAUAUUAUAGAUCUUGGUUGAUAGUAGCUGAUGAAUGUAAAUUUAAUUAUUUAAUUAAAGUUAUUUCAGUCUCCGUGUGA